AUGUUAUUUAUAGAUUUUUCUGUGAUUAUUUUUUCAGAAAAAGAAAAAAUUGACAAAAUAAGUGGUUGGUUGCAUUCUGAAUUACUUAAUUUCAACAAUAGCGAAUCAAAUAGUGCAUCUAACAACACCGAACAAACCAUUGAAAAACCUGCUAAUUCUUUAAUUAAUCCAUCAGUUAGCAAUGAACAAUAUUUAGCAAUGGCAUCAAAUAAUCUAAUUGCAAUGAUCACACCGGAUGUCGAUCGAUCGAUAUACUUAAAGCAUCCAAUUCUGAACAUAUUUCGUAUCUAUAGUGGAAAUGAUUUUAUUCGAGAGCAAAUAAGAGGAAUUCCAAAAUUAAAAGAUUGUGUAGAGAAUACACGGUUAUAUUUUGGUCCAGUUUCAGCAUUCGUCAAUUCUCAAAUUGAAUGUACAUUAGUAUUCAAAGGUCCUGAUGGAGAAUUUUAUUUUGGUCCUUAUGGAUUUGUUCGUAGUGUUGAUACAGGUUUUAAAAUUGAAAAUCGUACUGUUUUUGAUUUGAACAAAGAUGCAAUUAUUAAUAACGAAUUUGUUUCUUUGGAAAUGACCAUUUGUAAAUUAAAAAAUAGCAUGUUCGAAUCUAAUGAUAAACAACAGAUUACAACAUGUCAAAUAAAACGAGCUCUUUGUGAUACUAUUAUUAAAGUCGAUCAUAAAUUGUUAUUAUCAUGGGGAAUAUAUGACAAGAAAAAGAAAAUGAAUAAAAAUGCUAAACAUGUAACACCUACUAAAUUAGCCAAAUAUCUUAAAUUAUAUACUGCAUAUCUUAUCAUUCGUCGUACUCAUUGGCAUGCAGAUGAAAAACGAUUUGUACCCGAACAAGAUAUUUUAUUUUGUUCGAAUGCUUUUACACCAGUUGAUUCUUCACAUCAUCAAGAUCGUUAUGAUUAUAGUCCAAAUAAAUUACAAAUUACACAAUUAAGAUUUUCAUUAAUUUCAUCACAUGAAAAUAUUAAUCAAUAUUAUUUACAAGUAUCAUUUAUUAUUCCAGAAUUGUAUAGAUGUACAGGAUUGAAAAAUAAAUAUUUAGAAAUUAAAAUACUUACUAGUAGUGAAGAAGAAUCAAAGAUUCAUCCUAAUUAUAAAUUUAUGAAUGGUCAAAGACCAAUUGAUUCAAAAUUAAUUCCUAUACAUGAAUAUGAUUCAACUAUGAUGUUCAACAUUACUAAGCGUACUGUAGAAGAUUGGGAAACUGAUUUUAUAUUACAUCAAUCUCUAUCAAUUUCAUCAUCUAAUAGUUCGACGCUUCGAACUGUAACAAUAGAUAAUUCUAGUAUGAAUUGUUUUCGUAUACAGUUACAACUAUGUCAUUGUUCAAAUGAUGAUUAUGUUCCAUAUCCAAGAUCAAUUGUUGUAUCUGAUCCAGUGAUUGAUGAAGUUACUUCUGAAGAGAUAGAUACUUCUUUAUCGCUGGAAAAUGAUAGUUUAACAGAUGACAGUCUGGAUCAAUUAUCAACACAAGUUAAAAGAUCAUUUGAGAAAGAACCUCAUGAACGGACUGGUUCACCGAUGCUGAAAACUCAAAAGCAUGCGUAA